AUAAUCAUGGGAAGGAGACCGAGGAAAAGAAGGGGGGGAGGCAAAGCCCCUCCCCUCACUUUGCUCAGGGAGCUUCCAAAGAGAAUUAUUCAGCAGCAGCAGCAGAGACCUGGGAAGAAGAGGAAUAUUUCAGCCUCUACUGUCCACAUGCUACAAGUCUCCUGGGAAGGAUGUGGACAGCCAUCACGCUAAGCUGCUUGCUGCACUUCACGGCCACAUCACCCAUACUACAUUACAUGGUGGUGAUCCCUGCAGACCUCCACUACCCAUCAUCCCAGGCUGCCUGCGUGCAUGUCACUUAUAAUGCAGGGAAGCUCUUUGUGACCCUGCUGCUGGAGCGCUCUGGGGGACAGGAUGUCUUGUUGCGAAAAGAGAUCAUGAAGAAAAAGAUCUUUGAGUGCAGAAAGUUCCAGGUUGUGCUUCCAGCUAACAGCACAGAGGAAGUUGUUAGCAUCAAACUGUUCAUCACUGGCCGUAGGAUUGAUAUUCAUGAGGAAAAGAAGGUCCUGAUCCGCAGAGUCAACAGUGGCACCUUCAUCCAGACAGACAAGCCCAUUUACAAACCAGGACAGACAGUGAAAUUUAGAAUUGUGACCCUGAAUGAGGAUUUCAUUCCACUCAAUGACACGUACCCACUGGUGUUCCUUCAGGACCCUAAUAAUAACCGGAUAGGCCAGUGGCUGGAUGUGACUCCACAGGAAGGCAUUGCAGAUCUAUAUUUCCAGUUAGCUGCUGAGCCCCCACUCGGGACGUACAUCAUCAGUGUGGCCAACGAGAAAGCACACAGCAGCUUUUCGGUGGAGGAGUAUGUGCUGCCUAAAUUUGAAGUGUUUUUUGAGGGGCCGACUCAGAUUUAUGCUUUGGAUAAAACCUUUCCACUCCGCGUAUGUGGCAGAUACAUCUAUGGGAAAGGCGUGCAGGGGAAAAUACAGGUGAGCCUGUGCCAGAAGACUUGGUGGUAUUUCCACAGUGCCCAGCGACCUCCUCUCUGUCAAGAUUACAACAACCAGACUGAUAAGAUGGGUUGUUUCUCCACGUCUGUGAAUCUUUCUGCCUUCAACCAGAUCUCUGAUUACCGCAACAACAUCGAUGCAGUGGCCACUCUGGUAGAGGAUGGCACAGAGGUGCAGGUCAAUGCCUCCCGCAGCUUCUUCAUCUCCCGGACAGCUGGGACAGUCACAUUUGAGGAGGUUAACCCUUAUUACUACACUGGAGAGAUCUACGGUGGGAAGAUUAAAGUUGUCGAUCACCAAGGCAAUGCACUGAGUGACACACCAGUUUACCUUAUAGUAAGCUACAGCAGGCAGCAGUUUAAUCAGACAUAUGUCACAGAUGACUCUGGGAGAGCUUCCUUUGAGCUAAACACGAAUGCUUGGAACGGUUCCUCCGUCUCUUUGGAGGGGAGAUUCCUGCUUGAGGACCCAGAAUACAUGCCACUGACAGUCAAUGUGUACUACCAGAAUGCCUACUACUUCAUACAGCCAUUAUACACCACUGCCAAGAGCUUCCUCAGGAUCGUACGUGUGCCAGAAACGCUGCCCUGUGGCAAAAAUGAAAGGGUGCAGGUGGACUUCAGAAUUUACCAGAAAGACCUGAGUUAUGGUCACAAGAGUGUGGAUUUUUCCUACUAUGUCAUGGGGAAAGUGGGGAUUGUCCUUUCAGGUCAGAAGACUUUCUUGGUUGGAUCUUCUAAGAUGAUUACGGGCACCUUCUUCAUCCCUCUGGUCUUCACCUCUGACUAUGCCCCCGCUCCUACCAUUGUAGUUUAUGUCAUCUUCCCCACUGGAGGAAUCAUAGCUGAUAGUGCCCCUUUCAGGGUCUCCAUGUGCUUCAAAAAUGAGGUGAAGGUAGAGUUCUCAGAGGAUGAGGCCCUCCCUGGAUCUGAGGUCAGUCUCCGGAUCCAGGCUGCUCCCAGAUCCAUGUGCGCUGUCCGAGCUGUGGAUCAGAGUGUCCUAUUGAUGAGGCCAGAGAGACAGCUGAGCAACUCCCUGAUCUAUGGGCUAUUCCCACAUAUUUUUCGUGGUGGAUACCCUCAUCAAGUGUCUGAAGAUGACUUCUUAUGCUGGUCUCCAGAACCUCUCCAGCCUGAUGUUUUUAUGGUGUUCAAAGAAAUGGGCUUGAAAAUCAUGUCCAAUGCCCAUAUCAAGAAGCCAAGACAGUGCGUAACGACUGUGGCUGUGACACAAAUGAUAGUGACAGUACUGGAGAGCACAGUCCCCAUGCUAACUGUACCUCCAGUUUUCACAACACUCCCUGAGAGGUUCACCACAACUGGACAUGGGACCACCAUAUCACCACCUGCACCUCCAGUUGAGAAGCAAGUUCGCAAAUAUUUCCCAGAAACCUGGAUAUGGAAUUUAUUUUCAGUCGGUCCCACUGGAAACAGGGAUGUCCCUGUCAUGGUGCCUGACACCAUUACUGAGUGGAAAGCUGGGACAUUCUGCACAUCUGAGGUAGGCUUUGGACUCGCCCCAACCACGAGCCUUCUGGCCUUCAAGCCUUUCUUUGUAGAGCCCACACUGCCCUACUCUGUGAUCCGGGGAGAGACUUUCACCCUGAAAGCCACUGUCUACAAUUAUCUGCUGCAGUGCAUCAAGAUCAAAGUGACCCUGGCUGAGUCCCCAAACUUCCACUUGGAGCAAUGUGAAGGCUGCAUCUACACCAGCUGCCUCUGCACCAAUGAAGCCAAGACAUUUCACUGGAGAGUCACAACUAAACAACUAGGGUCGGUUAACAUCACCCUUAGCACAGAGGCCCUGGACACCAAAGAUCUCUGUGAAGGGAAGGUACCAUUUGUACCAACAAGAGGACGGACAGAUACGCUGAUCAAACCUGUUCUAGUCCAGCCAGAGGGAAUUCUUGUGGAGAAGGCUCACAGCUCCCUGCUUUGCCCUGAAGGAGGAACUCCAGCACAGGAUUCUGUGUCCCUGGAACUGCCCCGGAACGUGGUUGAAGGCUCAGCCAGAGCCACUAUCUCUGUCAUGGGUGACAUCAUGGGGACAGCGCUGCAGAACCUGGACCAGCUGGUGCAGAUGCCCAGUGGCUGGGGGGAGCAGAACAUGGUGUUGUUUGCCCCCAUCAUCUACGUGCUGCAGUAUCUGGAAAAGACAGGGCAGCUGAGUGAGGAGAUCAGGGAGAGGGCGACAGGAUUCCUGCGCAGCGGGUACCAGAGGCAGCUGCUCUAUAAACACCAUGAUGGCUCCUAUAGCGCGUUUGGUACCGUAGACCAGGAAGGUAACACCUGGCUGACGGCAUUUGUGGCCAAGUGCUUUGGCCAGGCCAGGCCAUACAUCUUCUUAGAUGGCAGGAACAUCCGGGAUGCACUGAGCUGGCUGCAGAUUUACCAGUUGCCCAGCGGCUGUUUCAGGAGUGUGGGGAAGCUCUUCCACACAGCCAUGAAGGGCGGCGUGGAUGGGGAGGUGCCCCUGGCUGCGUACAUCACUGCAGCACAUCUGGAGAUAGGGGAGUCACUAAAUAGCACCGUGGUGAAAAAGGCCUUGCACUGCCUCACUAGUGCCCUUCCCAUUAUUACCAGCACCUACACACAGGCACUGCUGGCCUAUGCCUUCGCUCUGGCCCAGGACACUCAGCGCACACAGGAGCUGCUCAUUGAACUAGACCAAAAGGCCAUCAGAACAGGAGGGCAGAUUCACUGGAGCCAGACCCCCUCGCAGCCCUCCAGUGCGGGUGUGUGGUCCCAACCCCAAUCAAUGGAUGUGGAACUGACAUCCUAUGUGCUCCUGGCUAUGCUCUCCAAGCUGAAUGUCACCAGGACUGAUGUUGCUACAGCUUCCGGCAUUGUGGCCUGGCUCACCAAGCAGCAGAAUGCCUAUGGUGGCUUCUCCUCCACACAGGACACAGUGGUUGCCCUGCAGGCUUUGGCCAAAUAUGCAGCCCUGAUAUACAGUGAUACGAGUAACUUAGAGGUGACGGUGAAGUCCAAGGGAGGCUUUGAGAGGAAGUUCCAGAUCACCCAGAAGAACCGGCUGCUGCUUCAGCAAGUGGUGCUGAAAGAAAUCCCUGGGGAGUUCACAGUGCAGGCUGUGGGGAGCGGCUGCGUCUAUGCCCAGACCGUGCUGAGGUACAACGAACCUCCCCCACAGGUCUCCAUAACCUUCUCUCUGCACGUCUCCACGCAUCUGAUUGACUGUGUGAAGGGCGACAUGCGUGUCAUCACUAUCCGCAUCCAUGUCAGCUACGUCGGCAGCAGAGUCACUUCCAACAUGGUGAUUGUGGAGGUCUCCCUGCUGUCUGGAUUCAGCCUGGCUUCGGGCUCCCGCACUUUGUUGCAGAGCAGUCUCCUGGUGAGGAAAAUGGAGGUGAGCCAGAACAGUGUCUCCAUCUACUUGGACCAGUUGAGCAAUACGACCCAGACAUACGCUUUGCAAUUGGAACAGCAGAUUGUGGUGACCAACCUGAAGCCUGGACACAUCAGAGUCUAUGACUACUACCAGCCAGAGGAGCAGGCCCUGUCUAACUACAGUGCCAUCUGCAGCUGAGCACACAGGGAGGAGGAUGUCGGAUGGAAGUUAUGCUCCCAGCAGUAGUCCCUGCCUGAGCUGAGUAGGAUUUCUCAGCUGUCCUUGCUGGGGCAAGGGAUGGCUUCACAGUACCACCUGCAAGGGGCUGGGACAUUGGCACUAGGUGGGUGGGGGAAUCUCCAUGGGCUCCCUGUUGGAUUGCAGGGCUAGGCACAGACUAAUGUUCCUCGCCCAGGUAGCCAUUUCCUGGUGAAUUUUUUGGGUGUCUGAUUAUUUUUGAUCAUUUUUAAUCUGAGAAUAUUCUUGAGUUUGAAAAGAAUGAAAAUAAAAUGGAAAUCACAUAUCCCAGAUGCUGUGGUGUUUGAUUGGCUCCCUAACAGUUGUUCCAGAGGAAAUGUGUGGGUAAUUUGUCAGACUGACACUAUUGGUGUGUGUCUGACAUUCACUUCUCCCAGUGAUAAUUUCAUAAGAUUCAUAGGCCAGAAGAGAAACAUUGUGUUAAACUACUCUGACCUGUUGUAUAACCCAAGCAGAUCUUUUAGAAAAACAUUCAAUCUUGGUUUAAAAAUGGUCAGUGAUUUAGAUCCUUGGUAAAUUGUUCCAAUAGUUCAUUAAUCCCAUUGUUAAAAAUGCAUGCCUUAUUUUCAGUUUGAAUUUGUCUAGUGUCAACUUCCAGCCACUGGAGCGUGUUAUACCUUCCUCUGGGAGGCCAAAGAGUCUAUUAUUAAAUCUUUGUUCCCCCUGUAGGUAUUUAUAGGCUGUAAUUGAGUCACCCCUUAAUUUUCCUUUUUUUAGGCUUACUUGAGCUUUUUGAGUCUAUUACUAUAAGACAUAUUUUCUGAUCCUUUAGUCAUUCUUAUAGGUCUUUCUUCUCUGAAUCCUCUUCAAUUUAUCAUCUGGAAUUGGGGGUAUCAGAACUGGACACAGUAUUCUAAUAGUAUUCACCACACCAAAUAUGGAGGUAAAAUAACUUUUCUACUCUGACUCAAGAUUCCCCUGUUCAUGCAUUCCAGGAGCACAUGAGCUCCCCCCCUCCCAUCACACUGGGAGUUCAUUUUCAGCAGAUUAUCCAUCACAACUCCAGUUCUUUUUCAAUCACUGUUUGCCAGAAUAGAAUCUCCUAUCCUGUAAUGUAUGAUUUACAUUCUUUGUUUCUAUAGGUAGACAUUUACAUUUUGCUAUGUUAAAAACACAUAUUUGCUUGUACCAUUUACUAAGCAACCCAGAUGGCCUCUGAAUCAGAGACCUGUUCACUUCCUUAUUUACCUCCAAUUUUUGGGUCAUUUGCCAACUUUAUCUGUGAUGAUUUUGUUUUCUUAUGUAUCAUUGAUAAAAAACAUUAAAUAAUAGAGAUCCAAGAACCAGUCCCCACUAGAAACAGACCUGCUUGAUGAUGACACCCAUAUACAAUCACAUAUUGAGACCUACCAGGCAGUUUUUAAUCCAUUUAAUGUUUGCUGUGUUAAUUUUAUAUUGUGCUAGUAUUUUGAUCAAAAUGUCAUACAGUGCCAAGUCAAAUUCCUUAUAAAAGUAAAAAUAUAUAAUGUCAACUAUAUUGUAUGUGUAUGCCAAACUUGUAACAAAAAAUAUAUCAAUUUAGUAGGAAAGGAUUUAUUUUCCAUAAACCCACACUGAUAUGAAUUAAUUACAUUUCCCUUUUAAUGGUUUAUUCACUAAUUCCAUUAUCUUGCCUGGAUCAAAGUCAGGCUGACAGACCAAGGGAGCCAUUUAUAGAAAGCUGGUGAGUGAGGACAGUAGCCCCUUCCCAAGGUUGGAACCCCUGGAUUUCAUACUUGAGCUCUGCUUAAAGCUGCCUGCCCUGGCUCCAGAGUCAGAUCUUAACUGCAAGAGAGUUUGAGCUGCUUGCAGCUUUGCCUUUGGGACGGGGAGUUUGUUAUAAAAAGAAGGGAGGCAGGUGAUUAAGAAUAACAAGAGGCUGGGCAUUCAUGUCAUUGAAGGAUCGUUAGAGCAUCAUGA